UUCCAACCUUGCUUAAAACCUUCCGAGUCCAGUCAGUUUUAGCAGAACGCCACUGACUAAACACGUCAGAACUACAAUUCCCAGAAUGAGUCAGGCGACAACUUCCGGCGCCGUCUUUUCCCAGCAUUCUUUGUUUACUUCCGGGUUUUCAAUACUGAGAGGAGAACGCCAGGCCAGGGACGAGACCUCGGGUCCUUUCCAGAGUGAAAUCCAGCCGCCCCUCUCCCACUCCCCGCAGACUUUCGUCCCCGCCAUGGCUGAACUGAUUCAGAAGAAGUUACAGGGAGAAGUGGAGAAAUAUCAACAGCUACAAAAGGAUUUGAGUAAAUCCAUGUCAGGGCGGCAGAAGCUGGAGGCACAACUAACAGAAAACAAUAUCGUGAAGGAGGAACUGGCCCUGCUAGAUGGGUCCAACGUGGUCUUUAAACUUCUGGGUCCCGUGCUGGUCAAACAGGAGCUGGGGGAGGCUCGGGCCACAGUUGGGAAGAGGCUGGACUAUAUCACAGCUGAAAUUAAGAGAUACGAAUCCCAGCUCCGAGACCUUGAGCGGCAAUCAGAACAACAGAGGGAGACCCUUGCUCAGCUGCAACAGGAGUUCCAGCGGGCCCAGGCAGCAAAGGCAGGGGCUUCUGGGAAGGCCUGACCCCAUGGUAGGGGGGAGGGGAGGGGAGGGAAUGAGGCAGCUCUAGGGUCUAUACUGUAGCUAAUAAAAUGUGAAAAUACCUG